AUGCUUUACGAAUACCAAAAGUCCUCUGACUCGAUCCCUCUAGACACCAUUGCAGUCUCGAUGUGCGAAUGCGAUCAGCCCAAUCUCGACUUUGCCCAUUCCUUACAAGUGCUGAAAAGCAUGAUCGAAGAAGGGAGCCGUUUCGCCAAUUUGGAAAGAGUCCUCGGCCAGGGUGCAGUGUUCGUCAUGUGUCACCCUGGCUCCGAUGCGCUGGGCACCAAAUUGCUCCCAAAGGGAGGCAAAAGGUUUAACGAGGUGGUUGGAGUGCUUCGGGAUGCAGGCGUUCACACUUUGGCGGAGGAGUACGCCGAGCUCCGCCAUUCUGUCAUCUCCUGGUAUCACGAUCACGUGUUGACAAAGGAUCUUCAGAGUGAUCUCGGGCGCACUCCUCUGCCAUCGAGCGUUUACACGGAAGUAGAGCGGGCGGAUCUCCUCGACAAGCACUUUGAUCAAGAUCCAUGUCUAGCACCAGCUCCACCGUCUCUGUUUGACCUUUCGAGCGAUGACUGA